UUCUCAACUCUCAAAGUUUUCCUUUGCAGUACCUUGAGAUCUCCUAGUUUUCCCAUUCUUCUCCUUGUUGUUCACUUUGCAAUAAUGGGUUUUCGUUUUUCCAGUGUAGUUCAUGCUAAGCAACUCAUUAAGAGGUCCUUUUCUAAUAGUAAAAAUGUCCCAAAAGGCUAUUUUGCAGUGUAUGUUGGAGAAAGAAGAAUGAAGAGAUUUGUGAUCCCUGUGGCAUACUUGAAUCAGCCUUCAUUUCAAGAGUUGCUGAGUCAAGCUGAAGAGGAAUUUGGAUUUGAUCAUCCAAUGGGAGCUCUUACAAUUCCCUGCAGAGAAAAUGAAUUCGCCGAUCUUAUUUCUCGGUUGAAUGCCUAUUGAUUAUUGAUGAAUACACACACUGAUAGAAGAUAUUCACAGACAAAAAUUAUUGUAGCUACAAAUUUUUUUUGUUGGCAAACAAUUCCAACAUCAUAUUACCAUGUAUAUAUUUUUUCCUUAGGGACUGAAAAAUAAAAUCCCUAAGAAUGAUAUAAAUGAAUUCUUUACUUCAAAUAUUUUAUUGAAGUUUCUGUCCAUGUAGAUUCUGAAGUAGUCUCCUUGUCUAUUUGCAAAGAUAUGUUUAUAGACACACUUGACUUAGUCUUCAUGACUAUAUAUAAUUUUUUGAUCAUUUCUA